UGCUUCCGUCUGUAGGAAGCGGUGAAAGUGCGGCAGCGAGUUUUGUUAUUAAAUUCGUGCUAAUUAAUAAAUUAAUGAUAAAUCUGGUUAAACCGAUAUAAACUUGCUGGACCGAUGGAGUGGGAGCAGGACGAGGCGCGUCACUCUCAUGGACACGGGCACAUGAAUGAUGGCUGCCAUGGACACGGUGGGCACUCCCACAGCCACGGGCCAGGGGGCAUGGCGCACGGGGGCAUGGCGCACGGGUUCAUGCCCGGUUUCCACGGGCAGUUCAUCCAAAGGAGUGACGGCAUGCUGGACCCCACGCAGCAGCCCAAAAAGUACUCGCACAUCGACGACAGCAGCAGCUGGGACAUUGUCAAUGCCACGCAGUUUGGAGCGCUGGAGCGGUGUAAAGAGCUGGUGGAAGCUGGUUAUGAUGUCCGGCAGCCGGAUAAAGAGAACGUUUCCCUUCUGCACUGGGCCGCAAUUAAUAACCGAGCAGAUCUCGUCAAGUAUUACAUUGCCAAAGGUGCGGUGAUUGACCAGCUGGGCGGAGACCUGAACUCCACCCCACUCCACUGGGCUAUAAGACAGGGUCACCUGCAGAUGGUGAUCCAGCUGUUGCGUUACGGUGCUGACCCCUCAUUGGCUGAUGGGGAAGGUUACCGUGGUCUGCACCUCGCAGUGCUCUUCCAGCACAUGCCUAUAGCAGCAUACCUGAUGGCCAAGGGACAGGAAGUGGAUGUGCCGGACUCAAACGGACAGACUUCGUUGAUGCUGGCUGCACAGAAGAUCAUUGGGCCGGAGCCGACCAACUUCCUGUUGAAGUGUAACGCGUCGGUGAACGCGGUGGAUAAAGUGAACAGGAAUUCUCCGCUGCACUGUGCCGUGCUGGCGGGAAACGUGGAUGCGGUGCACAUCCUGCUGGAGGCCGGAGCCAGCGUGGAUCUGCAGAACGCUAAUGGUCACACACCUAUAGACCUCGCCCACCAGGUGCACAGCCCCCUUCUGGUCCACAUGCUGAACGCGGUGCAGAAAGAGCGCAUCAAAUCUAGCUCACCUUGUCUGAGAGUGCUCCACAAAUACCAGGCGUGUGUGCAGUGUAUGUUCAGUGUGUGUGUGCUGUGGGCAGUGGGAGCUGUGUUGGAUAUGAACUCUGAGUCGUGGCUGCUGAAGGGUGUGCUGCUGGCAUGUAUCCUCGCCGUCAUCAACCUCACCUGCAGGCAGUUGGCGACCGCAGCAGUUCAGGUCCUGAUUCCUUCCACAGCUCUCAUCGCCUCUAUAUUCUGGAUGCUGGUCACUUGGUGCUUCUGGUUUCUGCCUGAUGGUCCCAGCGCGGUAGUGCAGGUUUUGUUCACCCUCACUGUGACGUCUCUGCUGUAUUAUUUCUUCCGAACCUGCCGUACAGACCCUGGGGUCAUCAGAGUGACGGAAGAGGAGAAGAAAAAGAACAUUGUGGUUUUGGCUGAAGCAGGUUGUUUGGACCCCAGAAUUUUCUGCACGUCAUGUAUGAUGAGGAAGCCGAUGAGAGCUCAUCACUGUUUCAUCUGUAACGCCUGCAUCGCCAAACAGGACCACCACUCUGUCUGGAUCAACGGCUGCAUCGGUGCGAGGAACCAUCAGUUUUUCGUCCUCUUCCUCAUAACUCUGAAUCUGCUGGGAGUCUGGAUGUUUUACGGCAGUAUUAAGUAUUGGACAAAUCACUGCAUGGCCGAGUCUUCAGAGCAAAAUCUGUGGGCUUUUGUGACGGGGCUGGUUGGAUGUUCUCCCUGGGUGCUCUACGUUUUCUGCAUGGCGUUCUUCCAUGUGACCUGGGCCUCCAUCCUGCUCGCUCACCAGCUUUACCAGAUUGCAUUUCUCGGGCUGACGACUGCUGAGAGGUCGAGUCUGAUGCACAGUCAGAGGAAGCUCCCCCACUCCUCUCUCAGACAGAACCCCUUCAACCGUGGAGUGCUGAAGAACCUGGUGAACUUCUUCCAGCUGCGUUGCUGUGGUCUGUGUAAGCCGAUGGUGCUGGACUGGACGCAGGAGUUUCCGAUGGGCCUCAACAGAGACCACCCGAUGUUCAACAGCAUGGACCCCGUCUGACCUAACAGAGGCCCCUGACCUCUUACCUACUUCAUUCAUCAGCCUUUCCGUAUAAAAGACUGGACUCAGAUUUGGGUGGUUUGGUACGUUAAGCAUCUUCCUCUGUAUUUGACAGGACGUCCGCAGCCUGAGUACGGUCGAGCUCACGAAGGUCCUGUUUGCCUUAUAAACUCUAUAAAGGCUCUAUAUGAAGAAGAUUGUUUCUACAGAUAUAGAUGCAUAGGAAUAUAUAUAUAUAUAUAUAUAUAUAUAUAUACACACACACACACACACACAGGUAUAUUUUGAUCUGAAAUAUUUUGUAAGUAUUGAAACAGUCAGCCGUUUCAUGUAUAUAAACUUCACAAGUGCUUUUAUAUGGAGCCUUUGCUUUUUUUAUAUGGAAAGACCACUAUCUGCAGACUGGAGCGAAGUCUGCUUUUUUCAGAGCUUGAUGUCGUGAGGAUGUAGAUUUUUGCACAAUUCAGAAUUAAAAUGAUUAAGAUUGGAUUUCCCUGUAAAUUGCCAAGUCAUUUUUUUUAUCCUUUCCCUUCAACGUUUUACAUCUUUGCCUCCACCUGGCCAUAUAAGGAUUAAUGACUCAUUAAAAAUCAAAUUGGACAUUUUUUUUUUCCCCCCCUCCAAAACUCACAACCCAAACUUUUUUCCACCUGUCAGAGAUUCUAGGCUGCAUUCAAAACUUUGGCACACAGUUUUCUCAUAAUUUGUUCAUUAUAAAAUUGUUUAGUCACUGUUAUUUUUUCUUUCCCCCAAACUUCUAAAGGUUUCGCCUUAACACUCCAACAACGAGGCCAAGGCGCUUAUAAUCAUAUUAAUAAUAUCAUGGAUUUGGUCUUGCACGAUUUCCGCGUGAUGGGUUUGUCCACUAUGAUCAUUAUAUGUUCCACUGAGCUGUUGACCUCGGCUCUAAACAUUCCUACUGUUACGGUGAUGAUGUUUCACUGCCACAGUAAUAAUUUACAGUGUAAAAGAUUAAUACUGUCACAGUAAACCAUCAUUACUGUCACAGUAAACCAUCAUUACUGUCACAGUAAACCAUCAUCGCCACAGUAAACCGUCUUUACAGCGACAGUAAUGACGUUUAACCGUGAUGGUAAUGAUUUACUCUGACAGUAGUGAUCUUGGUCUUCGACUAUCAGCACCGGUCUCAGUGCAGCUUUGUAGGCCUGGAGUUUAUUUCAUAUUGCAGAAUUUCUUGGCCGGAUGCUCAAGCCUGUCCAGUAGGUGAAGAGUGGAGUUCAUGUGCAUCUCUGCUGGACAGUCCUCGGUUUGGGUGUGAAUUAUCCUGCGAAAACGGAGAAAUUCUGCUUUGUGAAAUAUCUCCCAGAAUGCUCUGCUUUAUUCUCCUGUGAACUCAGUGACUCUGAAGGAGUUUCUUUCUGUCGUUUUUCCACAAACGGAGAAGAACUUUGUGCUGUAAUCGGUUCUAUUCCUGGAAUAAAAGCAGCUGUUUUUGUAA